GCAUUGGCAGACAAUUCCAAGCAGAGAAGAAUACUUUGGUGUAGGCGAGUUGUAUGUGACAGUCCGGUAGAAUUACUGGUUGUUCAGAUACAAAUUUUAUUAGCAGGACACUGGUCAGUUUUUUGCAGACAGGUGUAACCUGACAGACAGAGAUACGUUUCUUUGCUUAGGUGUAUAAAUACGUAUUUGUCUUUUCUUUAAGGCUUGUAUGUCUGUUUUGUCCACGUGUAACCCAGACUACAGCGUUCAGUUCUGCGCUAUCACGGCUGUAUAUAAUCUGAUAUUUUUUUUUAUUUUUAAGUGUUUUUUUUUUUUUAAUUGCUUUAAUUGUAGAGCAUUUUUCAUCAGUACUCCAUUGAAAAAGACCGGGUUGUAAAAAUGAGCAGCAUCGUGAACGGUGAAAGGAGUGUGUCUCCCCAGUGCCCCAAACCCAAUGAGCCUGGCCAUCCCGAGGGGACAGCAGUGGAGCAGAGUGGCUCUGGGAGAGAGAGCCCUUUAAUGGAAGUCUCGGAGGUGGUGGGAGGCCUUAUAACGCCUGAAAUGCUGGAAGAGGAGAAACAGUUGAUGAAAGAAGGACAGGAAAAAGAGAAGGAAAUGAUGGAACAAUCCCGUGCGGCUUGGGAGAGAGACUCCCAUGAAAUGCGUUUCAAGAGGCUGCAGCACUUGCUUGAGAAGAGUACUGUCUACUCCAAAUUUCUACUGAUGAAAAUGGAGCAACAGCAGUUGGAGGAGAAAAAAAGGAAAGAGAAGAUGGAGAAAAAGAGAGAAUUACUGUUGGCUAAGCAAGAGAAGCAAACGCAGGGAACUACAAAUCAAGAUGAAAACAAACCAGCAGAUAAAAAGAAAAGAGGAAGAGAAGACUACAUGAUUUCAGACAUUAUGACCAAAGAGGAAAUCAUGUCAAAAGCCAAGAAGACUAAAAUCAAACAUGAGGACUCUCCUUCGUCUUCCCAGGAGUUGGGUUUGGGAGCCCUUGAGAAAAAUGGCGAUUCUCAUUCUGAAAUAAAGAACCGCCUGUCGCAAUCUGUGCGACAAAAUGCCCAGCAUCUCUUUGACCCAGAGAGGAAAGUGGACGGCCAGCCUGUCCCAUACCAGCAGCCAAAGAACUUCACCGGUGGAGUGAUGAGGUUGUACCAGAUUGAGGGCAUGGAGUGGCUAAGGAUGCUGUGGGAGAAUGGGAUUAACGGGAUACUGGCUGACGAGAUGGGUCUGGGGAAGACUGUUCAGUGCAUCGCCACAAUCUCCAUGAUGGUGGAGAAAGGGGUCACGGGACCUUUUUUGGUUGUCGGCCCCUUGUCUACACUCCCGAACUGGGUUUCAGAGUUUAAGAGAUUCACACCAGAAAUACCUGUAUUGCUGUAUCAUGGACCACAGCAAGAGAGACGCAACCUGAUCAAAUCGAUUCGCAAACGGCAAGGAUCGCUUCAUGUUAAUCCUGUAGUUAUCACCUCUUUUGAAAUUGCCAUGAGAGACAGAAGAAGCCUGCAGCAUUGUUACUGGAAGUAUCUGAUAGUUGACGAAGGGCACAGAAUCAAGAACAUGAACUGCCGGCUAAUUCAGGAGCUGAAGCAGUUCAACUCUGACAACAAACUGCUGCUGACUGGUACUCCUCUCCAGAACAACCUAGCUGAGCUCUGGUCUCUGCUCAACUUCCUGCUCCCCGACGUCUUUGAUGACUUGAAAAGCUUUGAGUCCUGGUUUGAUAUAACCAGUGUCACUACUGAUGCAGAAAAUAUUAUCGCCAAAGAACGAGAGCAGAAUGUUUUGCACAUGCUUCACCAGAUUCUAACCCCAUUCUUGCUGAGGAGACUGAAGUGUGAUGUCACACUUGAAGUGCCCCCUAAACGAGAGGUGGUGGUCUACGCUCCUCUCACCAAGAAGCAGGAGACUUUCUACACUGCCAUUGUUAACAAAACCAUCGAGAAAAUGCUUGGGAUGGGCCCGGACACCAAACCAGUGGAGUUGACUGACUCCGGGAGGCCAAAGAGAAGGAGCAAGGGCCCUGUGAACUAUAAUGAGCUGGCUGGAGAGUCCCCACUGGCACUGGAGAGAUACCUCGCUAAACUGCAGAAAGAAGCAGACGAACAGCCAAGCAGGCCCUUGGUAGAUAUGCAUGUGUCUGUUGAUGCUGAGAUCAACCUAAAACUCCAGAAUGUUUUGAUGUUGCUGAAGAGAUGCUGUAAUCACCCGUACCUCAUUGAAUACCCACUUGACCCUGCCACUCAGAAUUUUAAGAUUGAUGAGCAGCUGGUGCAGAGCUCAGGGAAGUUCCUUAUACUUGAUAGAAUGCUGCCAGAACUGCAGAAAAGGGGACACAAGGUGCUAAUCUUCUCUCAGAUGACCUCUAUUCUGGAUGUGCUGAUAGAUUACUGCUAUCUCAGAGAAUUCAAAUACAGCCGACUGGAUGGAUCAAUGUCCUAUACAGAGCGAGAGGAGAAUAUGAGAAGUUUUAAUACCGAUCCCGACGUUUUCAUCUUCUUGCUGAGCACAAGAGCUGGGGGUCUGGGGAUAAACCUCACAUCGGCUGACACUGUCAUUAUUUUUGAUAGUGAUUGGAAUCCACAGGCUGACCUCCAGGCCCAGGACAGGUGUCACAGAAUCGGCCAGACCAAACCGGUGGUUGUAUACCGCUUGGUGACUGCCAACACCAUUGACCAGAAGAUUGUAGAGAGGGCUGCUGCCAAGAGGAAACUGGAGAAGAUGGUCAUUCAUAAAAAUAAGUUCAAAGGUGGCAAGUCAGGACUGAAGGAGUCUACAGGCUGCUUAGACCUCCAGGAGCUCAAGGAGCUGCUGAAAUCCAGGGACCAUGAGAGAGAGGUGAAAGGAACAGGAAAAAAUGUCAUCAGUGAUAAGGAGCUGGAAACACUGCUGGAUCGCAGUGACCUGCUUGAUCAAAUGAAGAAUAUGAAGAAGGAACAAGAGGAUAGGCUCUUUAAAGUGAUUGAAAACACCAAUGAGUCUGCUGAUAUUCAUCUCGCAUAAGAACUAGCUCUGCCUGUGUGUUGGGAAAACAUACUGCAUUUUUAUUACUGUAACGGUUAGUAUUGGACCCAGUAAAUCCUGGUUCUAAAGGGACUAAAGACUAUGGAAAACCCAAGAUGUUUGUGUGUUUUCAGUAUACCUGAUUGGCCUGUUGACCACAAGGUCUUGUACAGCUAUGGGCAAAAGUUUUGCAUCACCUAGAAUUAAGAUUGAGACAAAGGAGUAUAGUUUAGAUAUUUUAUUUAACAUCAUGUAAUCAAAGACACUACAAAAUGAUCCCACAAGUCUACCAGAAGUCAUAAUAGUAGGACAUUAUUUUUUUUUAUGUUAGAUUUUGAAAUGUCACAUUUUUUGUUAACCUGUAUGGGGGGGAAAAACUACAAAGCGGUAUGCAAUUCAAUAUGUUAACGUAACAUUUUUCGGCAGUUUUCAUUCGACUUUAUGAUGCAAAACUUGUCCAUUCUAUAGGGUUACAAAACCUUUGGCCAUAGCUGUAGGUAAAUCUAAAAAUCUGAGUAUCUGUCAUCUGUUGUUGUUGGCUGGUCAGUUGCACUGGGGUGGUUCCAAGCUAAGGGGCUUUCACUUGCCUCCAUUUAACUGUCCUUUUUUUUUGUUUCUUAAAAUUGCUUGCUUCAAUGCUUUGUACCCAAAUGUAAAAUACUUGCGUAUCACACUAUUGACGUCCAUAACAUUCCAAUAAGAGUACGUUUGUCACUUUUUUUUAAUGUGACCUUAUUUUUCCAUUGCUAAGUGUCAUUGUGGAAAACAGUCUAUGAGAAUUGUGUUAUUCCAAUGAUUUCUCCAUGCUGAUUCAUUGAGACUGGCAAGUGAAGUAUUCUGAAUACAAGCUGGCCAUGUGCUCAAAGGGAGUCAAUUCAGUCUGUCAUCCAUCACCAGCCAACAAAACUUCUCUUUCCUUAAAUCUAGGAUCUUACUGUAUUGGUAAAACAAGUCUUUUUGUUGGAAUGAGCAUUAAAAUGCACCACAUAAUUAGUUGUUACCCUGCCUGCUCCUCGCCUAUCACUUUUAAACAAACAAUUUUUUUUUCCCCAAACUAUUUCAACUUCCUAUGGAAGUCUUCUUGUAUGUUUUGAAGAAUAUAAACCUUUAAGCACAAAUGUUUGAUUGAAAAUCUUUUUUAUACAUGUCUUUUGUUGAAAUUAGUUGUUACAAUAAAUAUAUCUAGAAA